UCGAGCUCGAAGCGAAGAGGCUAUGGGGCGAGGUGGCGAGGUGGCGAGGAGGAGCAAAGGGACGACGCGAACCGAGCGCUCUCGCGGGGAGAGAGAACGGAGCCAGCGAUCCUACGCUCCCCGUCGUGGUUAGUCAAUUUUCGCAGCGGUAACAGUUUCGAGUGUGCAACAUUUCUGACGAGUCUUCUACUAGGACAAGGAUACAAUGCGUUUGUAGUUUUUGGUUAUGCAUCCCGCGAACAAGUUCGAUGCAACAGGACUAAAAUCACCUGCCCGUAUUUACCGGAAGAUACAAAAGAAUUAGAAGUAUCGGAAGAACCCGAUGUUAAUUUAAUAUACAAGUUGAAACCUCCUGCGGAUCUUAGAAGCAAAUUCUUAUUAAAACUGGACGCCAGAGAGAAACUUAAACUGGAAACUGAGAUUCAACGGGAAGAAGAAAAGCAAGCUAGGAUCGUAAUCGAAUUGGAAAAACCACCUCCGGAUAAAUAUUAUGGAUAUAGAGUUCACGCUUGGGUCGUCGUCUUACCUGCUCUUAAUAAUAUGAAAGGAAAACAAGUUACACGUCCAUUCUUUAUCGAGCCCUCGUCCGGAGAAAUGUACGAUCUGACCGAUCCUCGAACCAAUCUUUUGUACCUAGGUGUAGAGAGUAUCUGGAAUGACCAAAAUUAUUGGAUAAAUAUGCAGCGAGAUUCGAUCGGAUGUGACAAAAUAAAUUGGAAUUUAACUCUGACCGAGUUAUGGGAGCAUCUACUUCCCGGCGAACCAUGGACUAUGCGUGGCGUCGAGGAUGAUGUAGUCGAAGAAGAUGUUAAAAUAGAACGGGAGAAACACUUAGAUAUGCCCAGCUCUUAUGUGAAAGAAAUAUACAUAAGUAGUUUAGAGUUCGAGAAGCGAUAUCCGCGUGGUCACAAGACGAUAUUUUACAAAAAAGUCAAAGUAGACUUGUAUGCCCCUUAUGUGCAGUUGGACGGAAUAGUAGAAAAAAUAACGAUAUACGACGAUUACGAAUAUACAACUCCGAUCGAAAUUUACGAAAAAUACGCCAAUAGGAAUGAUAACUUGAUACAAUCGCGACAAAACUUGAAUACUAACUACAUUAUCGAUUAUUAUGAAAGGGGUCGUCCUGACGCAUGUAAAGAACAUCGCUACUACAACCACGAAAGUAGUCCAUUCAUAUUCAGCGAAAGGACGUUAUGUUUCUACGACGUGGUUCGUAUCGAUGGAUUAUCAGAAAUGCAUAUGUAUCCUUACCGUUUAACGCAAUAUUACGUUAAUCGCGAGGAUCUCCUGUACUAUAGAAACGUGGAGUUUUCGCCGGAAAAAGGCGAAUCUACGGUAGAAGGAAUACAUUAUCGUUAUAUUCACACGAUAACCGAAAAAUAUCAUAGAAACGAUCUACUACCGCCGUCCAAAGAUAUCGCCGUACGAGAAUUCGUUUUAACGGAGAAAGAGAUACAUCUCAAAUUUCAUUACGAAGAUGAAAAAAUCACGAGAAGUACGCGCGUAUACAAGAAGCCAGAAACGGGAGAACAUCUCAAUAUUCAUACUGCCAUCAUCGAAGAAUACAACGCAGAUACUACCUCACCGCCUGAAAAAAACUUGCAUCUAUUUUACGAAAUAGAAAAGUUACUAAAGGAAGAAGACCAAUGCAUAUUUAAUAUCAGAGAAGCUGAGAAUGAAAUUUCUUCGUUCAUAAAAAAACGAACGAGUGAAUAUUUAAGUCCAAACUUAAUGAUUUCUUCGUUUGAUAGAAACAGAUUUGAAACGGGAAAACCUAUAAAGGAUACAGCAUCGAUAUCUUCUUUAGAAAAAAUUAUAAAACCUGCUGAUCGCUUAGCUCCGUACUUAGCACGAAUAGGAAAUCCAAAGCAAAUAAGUAAAGCUCAAGCAUAUCUGUUACGAGAAGAUUGUCUAAAUGAUUUUAAGCAAUCGGAAGUGAAUAAAGCGAAUCUUAUUUUACGCGAAUCUGAGAAACUUACAGAGAAGCUAAAUGAAUUGCAAACGUUAUUAACACAGAAUGAAGAUUUAACACGGGAAGAAGAAGAUGAACUCGUAGCAAAAACCAACGAAAUAACCUUUAAUCUGCAAUUAUUAGAUAUGAAGUUGGAUCGUCAUAAGAAUUUAGUUCCCGUACGAUAUAAAAUGCUGGUAGAGCUUUUGGAGGAAGACGAACGUCUCUCCAUUCUCUACAACCAAUAACAUAUAUCAACGACGAGUUGGAAACAAUAAGAAACUUUUAUAUUUAUGUAGGUAAAUAUUAUUCUUCUGUCUUUGCUUUUUAUGUGCGUGCACACGUUUUACUUUUUUUAAAGCGAAGACUAUUGGAAAGACCAAGAACCCAUUUGUCCGAUGCAUCGACCUAAAACAAUUGAUCCGUUUUAAAAAACUAAAAUGAAUAUUUGCCUAAAUAGAAGAAAAAUAUUAUUGAUCUUGCAUCACCUUCAUCGUCAAACGUUGCCAAAGUAAAUUUGCUAAGUUUAUUCGUGAAACUACCGGUGUAGGUGGUAGUCGCAGAAUGAUCCAAUUGACGUUCGCUAUUCGUACCAUCGUUGUGAGAACUGUGAUUACGAUUUUCCUCGGCAAAACCAGAAAUUAAAGUGUCCAUCAUUAUUGCCUAAUGCAUAUGUAUUAUUCUCAGUAUUUGUUAUUUCGUUAUUAUCGUUGUCGUUGCUAUUAUUAUUAUUAUUAUUAUUACUAUUACUAUUUUAUAAAACAUACUUGUCUCGAGAAUACUUGUAGAAUUUUAUAAACACGCGCACCAUUUUCUCUUACAGGGAAUUGUAGAAACAAACAGGGCAAACAAUCGGGAUUUCUUUCGUCAGAAGGUUUUGCCAUUUCCCAACUUAAUUCCGAGUAUUUCAAUCCUAAUAGAAGGCUCUGUUAAGGAAAACCAAACCAUUAUCCAUAAAACAAAAAGCGAAUGAAUGAUGUUCAUUUGUUUUACUUACGCAUUGCAUAUCAUCGACCACGUAUACUCCUGAAGUAUUAAUAGCGAUCAAAACUUGUAAGUCACGAUUCGUAAUCCACGAUGCCAGUCCUCUUACGGGACGUUCGAUUUGUCCUUGAAAGAAGGCAGCACCGUAACAAGGUAGGCCCCAGCAAAAUUCAAGGUACUUCCUAAUAAGCUUUCUUGGAUUUGUAUUGGUCCCAGUAUGAUUAGGUAUUCGUUUAUAUUGUUCCAAAAGGCGUGCUUCUGGUGCUCCUUUACCUCCCACCAAACCCAAACCAAGUCCUAAUCCUAAUAAAAGACUCGGUGAUGUGUAAUGAUGUGGUAAAAAUCUUCCUCGAUGCCU